CCGCCAAAAACUCGUCACCGACUCAAGACGAUUUCAAACAGCGACAAUGGAGCCUCACGGCGAGAAGUCGAAGAAACGCAAGAGGAAGCAUGCCAAGUUGAUUAGUACAGCGACAGAUGCUAGUCCUGCUGCGCCCGUCGCCGACCAGACCGUUCUUCCACCCUCAGACCGACGCAGAGAAAAAGGCAAGAAGAGAAGGAAGACAUCACAUACAAGCGACGAUGAGCCAGAGCUCGAUGUGGCAGAUGCAGAAGAUGGGGAAGAUACGCUGCAAGCUGUUGAAGACGCUUCAUCGGACGAGGACGAAACUGCAGCCACAAAUGGACCUAACGGCGCUCACGAUGAUGUCGCAGCAGACGCUUCCAGCGACGACGAGCCUUCUGACGUUGACAACGACACUGCCGGCCCUGAACUCGAAGAAACAGUCAACACUGUCAAUGGAACCACCGAGAUCACCGCCACCAGUGACCUCCCAACCGACACUGUCCCCUCCCUCCCUGGCACCAACACCACGCCCCAAAAAUUCAGCGACCUCUCCCUCUCCGAACGCACCAUGGAAGCUCUGAAAGAGAUGUCCUUCACAACCAUGACCGAGAUCCAACAACGAGGCAUCCCACCCCUCCUAGCCGGCCGCGACGUCCUGGGCGCCGCCAAAACCGGCUCAGGCAAGACACUUGCUUUCCUCAUCCCUGCCAUCGAGAGGCUGCACGCCCUGCGCUUCAAGCCACGCAACGGCACAGGUGUCAUCGUCGUCAGUCCGACACGCGAACUCGCGCUGCAAAUCUUCGGCGUGGCACGAGACCUCAUGGCGCAUCACAGCCAGACAUUUGGCAUCGUGAUUGGCGGCGCCAACCGCUCCGCCGAGGCCGACAAGUUGACCAAAGGCGUCAACCUGCUCAUUGCCACGCCCGGCAGACUUCUCGACCACCUCCAAAACACCAAAGGGUUCGUGUACAAAAACGUCAAGGCCCUCGUGAUCGACGAAGCAGACCGCAUCUUGGAAGUCGGCUUCGAAGACGAAAUGCGCCAGAUCGUCAAAAUCCUACCCAACGAAAAAAGACAGACGAUGCUCUUCUCCGCAACACAAACAACAAAAGUGGAGGACCUCGCGCGCAUCUCACUGCGCCCGGGACCACUGUAUAUCAACGUCGACCACAAAAAGGAGCACAGCACCGUCGAAGGGCUCGAGCAAGGCUACGUCAUUUGCGAAUCCGACAAACGCUUCCUGCUGCUUUUUAGUUUUUUGAAACGCAACCUGAAAAAGAAGGUCAUCGUCUUCAUGUCGAGCUGCAACUGCGUCAAGUACCACGCCGAACUGCUGAACUACAUCGACCUGCCCGUGCUCGAGUUGCACGGGAAUUUGAAACAGCAAAAGCGCACGAACACGUUCUUUGAAUUCUGCAACGCAAAGGCCGGCACCAUGGUCUGUACCGACGUCGCGGCCCGGGGUCUGGAUAUCCCUGCCGUCGAUUGGAUCGUGCAAUUCGAUCCGCCGGACGAUCCGAGGGAUUACAUCCACCGCGUCGGGCGGACGGCCAGGGGCUCGAACGGCAAGGGCAGGAGUCUAAUGUUUUUGCAGCCUAGUGAAGUGGGCUUCUUGAGUCAGUUGAAGGAGGCGAGGGUGCCGGUUGUUGAGUUCGACUUUCCGGCAAAGAAGCUGCUCAAUAUUCAGAGUCAGCUGGAGAAGUUGAUCAGCCAGAACUAUUAUUUGAACAAGUCUGCGAAAGACGGCUACAGAUCAUAUCUGCAGGCGUACGCCUCGCACAGUUUACGAUCGGUGUUUGAUGUGAACAAACUCGACUUGGUCAAGGUAGCUAAGAGCUUUGGCUUUGCUACGCCGCCGAGAGUGGAUAUCCAGCUGGGUGCAAGCAUGCACCGAGAUAAGAAGCAAGGGGGUAGAAGGAGUUAUGGUAGUCAGCCGAAACAGCAUAGUCAUGGGCUCAAGUUCAAAAGGAAGUAUGGUGGUGAAUGAUGUAAGUGUUUUUGAUUAUUUGAGGGUACAAGGAAUGUAGAAUCCUUCAAUGCUGGAUCGGCUCAAUGACAAUUAUCGGAUCAAGAA